AUUCUCAGCCCGGCCUCUGAGAUGAUGGGACUGGGAAACGGGCGUCGGAGCAUGAAGUCGCCGCCCCUCCUGCUGGCUGCCCUGGUGGCCUGUGUCAUCGUCCUGGGCUUCAACUACUGGAUCGCCAGCUCCCGGAGCGUGGAUCUCCAGACACGGAUCUUGGAGCUGGAAGGCAGGGUCCGCAGGGCGGCCGCGGAGCGAGGGGCCGUGGAGAUGAAGAAGAACGAGUUCCAGGGGGAGCUGGAGAAGCAGCGGGAGCAGCUGGACAAGAUCCAGUCCAGCCACAACUUUCAGAUGGAGAGCGUCAACAAGCUGUACCAGGAUGAGAAGGCGGUUUUAGUGAAUAACAUCACCACAGGAGAGCGGCUCAUCAGAACCUUGCAAGACCAGUUGAAGGCCCUGCAGAAGAAUUACGGCAAGCUGCAGCAGGAGGUCCUCCAGUUUCAGAAGAACCAGUCCAACCUGGAGAGGAAGUUCUCCUAUGACCUGAACCAGUGCAUCAACCAGAUGAAAGAGGUGAAGGAGCAGUGUGACGAGCGGAUAGAGGAGGUCACCAAAAAGGGGAACGCGGCCGGGGCUUCCAGAGCCCCAAGCGAACAGAAGGACCAAAGCCAGCAGCCCCGAGCGGCCAGUGAGCCGCAGCCCCGGCCGCAGGAAGCCGGCCCGCCCCGGGGCAGGGAGACGGCGCCCAGCAAGGGCGAGCCCCAGACCCCGGCCCAGUUCAGAGGCUGCGCACAGGCAGGCUGGGGCCCGGGCUUCAUUCGGGGCGUUGGUGGGUCAGUGGGACCGAGGGGAGGUGGCCGAGCCCCGGGCAGUGUCCUGGGCUCCGAGCUAGUGUCUCACAGACGCGAUGGUCAGACGCCCUCAGCAGGGCCGCCGCCUCCGCUUGUGCCCCCGCACUGUGAUCCAGAGCCUCAGUUAAACUCCUUGCCGGGAGGUCACAGCUCACUGUGUUUCGUGCACAGAGGAAGCCCCGGAGAUGCAGGUCGUCAGCAAGGAGGAGCUUUCGAGGGACGGCCCGGGGCUGCCGCCGGAGCCGGGCCGAGAGCCGGCUGUGGCCCCGGACGGCCGCGUGGCCGGAAGAGGCGGCGCGGAGGCCAGACCCCGCGGGUGCCGGACGCGUUGUUCGUGAGUCAGGAGGAUCCGGAGGAGGAGGGCCCCGAGCGGGAGCAGCUCGUCAUCCGCGACGGGCAGGAGGAGGAGCAGGAGCCCGGCGCGGAAGGGAGAAAGCAGCAAAAGCUGGGAUCAGAUGAUGAGUACAACAUGGAUGAAAAUGAGGCAGAAUCUGAGACAGACAAGCAGGCGGCCCUCGUGGGGAAUGACAAAAACAGAAACGUUCUUAACGCUGAAAAUCAGAAAGGAGACUCGAUAAAUUUACUUGACCAGCCUGAAAAGAGGAAUCAAACACUCUGAAUCAAACUGGAAUCACAUACUUUGUUUCUGAAUUGAACAGAGAUCACUACAGAAUAUUCAUGAGGGACGGAAUACUGUGAAAUGCACUAAGUAAACAUCUAAAGAUGACUGUUGUGGAGUUUUAGUGUGUAUUUACUAUGUAGGAAAAUGAGACCGUCUUUGAGACUGUUUUGGGGGUACUUUUGAAGCGUCUAUCUUAAGAUGUCAAAGUCGUCGAAAUUUGUUGGCUAAUAGGUGUUUCAUGAGAAGAUCCACACCAAAAACAGAACCCAGGCCAUCCUUCAGGUGUGGCGCAGACGGUGGCGUGCCACCGUGCAGCAGGACCGCGACGUGAAGGAGGCCCGCCGCGCUGACAGCGCCUCUUCCUCAGUUUGCCCUGGAGUCACGCUCCUGGUGCUGAGCUGGGCAACGGGGACCAGCCCGUGACUUCCACUCUUUCCUGCCGGCACUGAAUGGUUUUGGUUUAUCCUCCUGUGCUCACUCCUAGUUCUGAUAGACAGCAGCUCAGAGCGCUGACUGUGAACACAGACAUCACUUUCAAUGGUGUUAAAAGCGUCCAAACACAGAGGUGUUCUGUGCGAGAAUCUUUAAAAAGACUGCCUGUAUAAUGGCCCUUGUCAUUAAUGUGCAGAGUGCUUGUAAGUGACCUGUAACUUGAACACCUGUGAUCUGUCCUUGCUCUGCCUUGCUCUGCGGGCAGAGCUGAAUCCUCUGUGCUAAGUCAAGCCAGGAGGAGCCGCGUGCCAGUCAGCCCUUUGACACGACAGGGGCCACAGCAGAGGGGACGCCGGCCCCGCGCCCAGGGCCUGUCUGUUGUGGGCGAGCGGCCUCCUGCACUCGUGGGAGAAAGGGGAGAAGGCUGAUGGUGAAGGAGAGACAGCAGACAGACUGGGGGAGUUUAGAAAGGCAAGAGAAAUGCAGCAGUUGUUUCUGUGUUUACACAUUUAGCUUGUGCUCAAGGACUAGCACGAAACUGAUUUAAAAUCAAAAGUUAAUGUAAAUCAACUCACAAGUAAACCUAAUUUACACUGAUA